GGCGGGGGAUGUAGGGGGAAGUUUGAAUUUUAAACGAAAAGACAGCAAGAAUUUGAAGUCAGUUGUCGGCGAGUGUCGGUGGCGUUCUGUUUGUGGACCGGGUUGUCGGCAUGUCCUUUCCUAAGGCUCCCCUGAAACGAUUCAAUGACCCUUCCGGUUGUGCACCAUCUCCAGGAGCUUAUGAUGUUAAAACUUCAGAAGUAUUGAAAGGACCAGUAUCCUUUCAGAAAUCACAAAGAUUUAAAAGACAAAAAGAAUCGCAACAAAAUCUUAAUGUUGACAAGGAUACUACUUUACCUGCUUCAGCUAGAAAAGUUAAGACUUCGGAAAUAAAGAAGUCUCAAAAGACUGAUAAAGAUUUGAAGAUACUAGAAAAAGAGAUUCGUGUUCUCCUGCAGGAACGUGGUGCUCAGGACAAGCGGAUCCAGGAUCUGGAGACUGAGUUGGACAAGACAGAAGCAAAGCUGAAUGCUGCAGUCAGAGAAAAAACAUCUCUCUAUGCAAACAGUGCUUCACUGGAAAAACAGCUUAUUGAGUUAACCAGGACUAAUGAACUACUAAAAUCUAAGUUUUCUGAAGAUGGUAACCAGAAGAAUCUGAGAAUUCUAAGUCUGGAAUUGAUGAAACUUAGAAACAAAAGAGAAAUGAAGAUGAAGAGUAUGGUGGCUAAACAAGAAGGCAUGGAGAUGAAGCUACAGGCCACGCAGAGGAAUCUGGAAGAGUCUCAGGGGAAAAUAGCACAGCUUGAGGGGAAACUUGUUUCAAUAGAGAAAGAAAAGAUGGAUGAAAAAUCUGAAACAGAAAAACUCUUAGAAUACAUCGAAGAAAUUAGCUGUGCAUCAGAUCAAGUGGAAAAAUAUAAGCUAGAGAUUGCCCAAUUAGAAGAAAAUUUGAAGGAGAAGAAUCACAAAAUUUUAAGCCUUACGCAGUCUUUGGAGGAAAAUGUUGUUUUGUCUAAGCAAGUAGAAGAGCUGAAUGCUAAAUGUCAGCUGCUUGAAAAAGAAAAAGAGGACUUCAUAAACUGGAAUAGAGAAAAGGAUGAAAAGCUGAAUGCUGAGAUGCAAAAUUUAAGAGAGACACUUAUUCUUCAAAAACAAGAAUGUGAAAAGCUACAACAAAAAGAAUUAGAAGUGAAUUCACUUCUGCAACAAGAGAAGGAAUUAUCGUCUAAUCUUCAGCAGUUGAUACAUUCUUUUCAAGAGCAAACAAUUAAAGAGAGGAAUGUCUUUGAGGAACAAUUAAAGCAAGCACUGGAUGAGUUGGAUAAGUUACAGCAAAAGGAAGAACAAACUGAAAAGCUAGUCAAGCAGUUGGAAGAAGAAGCACAAUCUUCAAAUGCAGAACUAAAACUCUUAAAAGAAAACCUAAAAGGGAAAGAAGCUGAACUGCAGAAGAGUAAUCUUGAUCACUCUCAAGCCACCCUGCUUUUACAAGAAACAUAUAAUAGUACAGUGCAAAACCUUGAAGAUGUUACUGCUCAAUUUGAAAGCUACAAAAGAUUAAUAGCUAGUGAGAUAGAAGAUCUUAAACUGGAGAACUCAGCACUACACGAAAAAGUGGCCCAGGCUGAAAAAAGUGCUAAAGAUGUUCAACAUCAGGUAUUGGCAACUGAGAAUGCUAAUCAAGAAUAUGCAAGGAUGCUUCUAGAUCUGCAGACCAAGUCAGAACUUAAGGACGCAGAAAUUAAAGAAAUUGCAGUUUCUUCUGAUAAAAAAAUAACUGAAUUGCAGAAUCAACUCAAGCAACAAAAUGAAGACUUUAAGAAACAACUGGAAGAGGAAGAAUCAAAGAAAGCUGAAAAAGAAAAUAUAAUGGAAGAAUUAACUGAGGAAGUUAAUAAGUGGCGUCUCCUUUAUGAAGAAUUGUACAAGAAAACAAAACCUUUUCAGCUACAGCUGGAUGCAUUUGAAGCAGAGAAACAGGCAUUGUUGAGUGAACAUGGUGCAGCUCAGGAACAGCUAAAUAAAUUAAGAGAUUCAUACGCUACAUUAUUGGGUCAUCAGAAUCUGAAGCAAAAAAUCAAGCAUGUUGUGAAACUGAAAGAUGAAAAUAGCCAACUAAAAUCGGAGGUAACAAAACUGCGCUCUCAGCUUGCUAAAAGAAAACAAAAUGAGAGAAAACUUCAGGAGGAAUUGAAUAAAGUUCUGGGUAUCAGACACUUUGAUCCUUCAAAGGCUUUUCAUCAUGAAAGUAAAGAAAAUUUUGCCAUGAAAACUCCAUUAAAAGAAGGCAAUACAAACUGCUGCUGAGCUCCUAUGGAGAAUCAAGAAAUCAUGCAACAUCUGAAAAACCUGUUGAAGAUUACUUUAUUUUGAUUGUUGAUGAUGAUAUUGUUGUUACUAUUAUAUUUUAAUGGGUUUUUUCAAAAGCU